AGUCGUCACGAGCGCACGUGGACAUCGCAAGUGAUCACCCGUUGUUCCUCUCGUAUUUUAAGUUUCGUGAAGCAUGGAGUGGAAUAAAGAAAAAACUUUGUAUUUUAUUGAAAAAUACAAAGAAGAAACACUGUUGUGGUUGUGGAACCCAGCUCACCCAGAGCAUUAUAACAAAUUAAAGAAAGAAGACGCUUGGGAUAGAUUGGCUUCGUUACUCGAUAGCGAAAGAGAAGCCUGUAAAAAGAAAAUGACAAGUUUACUGGCAUCAUUGAGGAGGGAAAAACAGAAAACUAAACAAUCAACUGGUACUGGAAAAGGUGCAGAUGAAGUUUACCACAGCACUUGGUUCGCUUACAAAUCCAUGUUAUUUCUACUGGAUAGAAAUACACCUCGUGACACAACAGAUACUCUACGUGGACAUGAAGGUGCUUCAGAACAACUGCCUGAUGAUUUCCAUCCGUCCGCCAAAGAAAGCGACAAUGAUUGCCCUCCGCCUGCCAAAAAAAGCGACAAUGAUUGCCCUCCGCCUGCCAAAAAAAGCGACAAUGAUUGCCCUCUGCCUCCAAAAAGGAAGAAAUCAGUAGCCCCAAGCCCAGAAGAGAUAAUGGUAUCUACUUUAAAUAUAUUAAAAAAGAGAACCGAGCAAACGGAGGCAACUUCGCACAGACCUGACGAAUGUGAAGCCUAUGGUAUGUUUUUGGCAAAUAAAUUACGAUCUUAUUCAAAGACAACACAAAUACAUGUGCAGCAUUACAUAUCAAAUAUAUUGUUUAGUGCUGAUCGCGGACAGUUUGACUAUGUUGGAAAUACAAUGAACAGCUACAGUUAUUCAGGCUACUCUACACGACCACAAACUUCAAGAGCCUCAUCGAUGCCACAGACCGAAACGUCCCAUCAAAAUGACUAUGAGCCACAGCAAAGCCCUGAAACUCCUCAUCACAAUGAUGCCUCAUCGAUGCCACAGACCGAAACGUCCCAUCAAAGUGACUAUGGGUCACCUAUGAGCGAACAAUUUAUGUCAGAAUUUGGUGAUUUAAUUUAAUUUGAUAUGUAAUGACUAC